CAAAGCGAGCCUCCUCCGCCGCCCCGUGUCCCCGCCCCUGCAGAGGAAGCCUCCGUGAAGCGCCGCAGCCGGAGAACCAGGACCUGACGCUGGGUGGUGAAGCCAGGCCGAGACCCCACAGACCCGCAGAGACCCGCAGCAGAGACCCGCAGCAGAGCACCGACAGACCCGCAGAACCGACAGCACCGACAGCCUCCUCCGGUUCUCCUCCGGUUCUCCUCCGACCUCCUCUCUCCGCCGCGCCUGGAUUUCAUCAUCCGACCUGCAAGAUGGGAAAUGAAGCCAGUUACCCCCUGGAGAUGUGCUCGCAUUUCGAUGCUGAUGAGAUUAAGAGGCUAGGGAAGAGGUUUAAGAAACUCGACCUAGAUAACUCCGGCUCGCUCAGCGUGGAGGAGUUCAUGUCGCUGCCGGAGCUGCAGCAGAACCCGCUGGUGCAGAGGGUCAUCGACAUCUUCGACACGGACGGGAACGGAGAGGUGGACUUUAAAGAGUUCAUCGAGGGAGUCUCACAGUUCAGCGUCAAGGGCGACAAGGAGCAGAAGCUUCGGUUCGCUUUUAGGAUCUACGACAUGGACAAGGACGGCUACAUCUCCAACGGCGAGCUCUUCCAGGUGCUCAAGAUGAUGGUGGGCAACAACCUGAAGGACACGCAGCUCCAGCAGAUCGUGGACAAGACCAUCAUCAACGCAGACAAGGACGGAGACGGCAGGAUAUCCUUCGAAGAGUUCUGUGCAGUGGUCGGGGGUCUCGAUAUACACAAAAAGAUGGUGGUGGACGUGUGAGCGCCCCCCCCGCUCGCUGGAUCCCGCCCCGCCCCCCCCCCCCUUCCUCCUCGACACUCGCUUUCUCCACCAUCUCUGAAGAUCUGCUCAAGACGUCCGGCAAAACGCUCACUAUGUAACUCAAUGGAAGUAUUCUCUCUCUCUCUCCUUCUCACACUCUCUCUCUCUCUCACUCACUCUCUCUUUCCUUCUCUCUCUCUCUGUGAAGCCACUUUUUUCUUUCACAAACCACCGGCCUCCAGUCGCCUCUGAAGUCCUCGAUGACCCGGUCGAACGCUUCAAGAGAUUGAAGGACAUCGAUCCGUCUGUUGGAUGAG